AUGUUACCAACCGUUCCCUAUGAACAAUUAAACAUAUUAGAACCCAAUGGAAGUACACCAUUACAUGCUGCUGCAUAUAUUGGUCACAUGGUGAUUGUUCAUCUUCUUUCACAUCAAUCUGGUUGUUACGGACAGAAGCGUAAUCGUCAUGGUUAUGAUGGCUAUGAGGAAGCGAAACCAAAUGAUAUCCGUCACAUGUUUCACCGUCCAUCAGUCAGGAACCGAUUUUUUGAUGACGAUGGCAAUAAUGAUAUACAGCAAUUAAUUGUGAUGGAUUAG